AUGCUGCCUUGCUUGUUUUCUGCGGGAUCAUCAUUGUCGAAGAAAUUGUUUGGUUCUACGCUGAUGCUGCCACCUCCUGAGACCAGAAGUCCUUGUCUCGGCUAAGUUUGUUUCCAAACACGGUUAGAGUAG